AAAGUGACAGAAGUCACAGCACAGGAGAGACGAGGUGCCGAAAUGCAAUGCUCCCGAAAUCAAGAUGUUGUGCUUCACGCCAGACCGUUUAGCAAAGGGUUGCAUUGAUUACUCCGCUGUCCCCUUACAGAACCCCAUCUUCUAGUGACACGAGUGAGGCAGCAGAAAGUGGGUGCAAGAUAGGAACCCAGGAUGCAAAGGUGCAGUGACUCAAAAUGGCUACUCUUGCAACUAUGGCAGAUAUGUUGUAUGAGUCUGUUAAUACUGGGGAUGUUGAUGCAGUGAUGGACUUGCUUAAAAAAGGUGCCAAUGUCAAUGUCCUUCCAUCAUGUGGACGGACGGCCCUGGGCCGCGCAGCACAGCUGGGACAUUUGGCAAUUGUGUGUCUACUUCUUGAUGCUGAAAAGUUUUACACAACACCAGAGGAGGAGGAUGUGGACACUGAAUCAUUAUUUUCAUGCAUCUCAUCAAGUUCAAGCUCUCAUGUUGGUGCAACUCCCAGUGUGACCUCGUGUGCCUCUAGAGGAAACUUACCUCAGGACCAGAAGACAUCACCAACUACUGGAGCUGUAGCUUCAACUUCUGUAGGCAAUCUCCGUCCAACACUUGGGCCUGCUCUUUUGAGUCCACAAGGGCACAAAUGUUGCUCUCCAAGUAUCGAUUCUGAGACAUGCACAUGCAGUGACGAGUUGUGGGGUCUAGACCUUAGUGAUUCGAACCAACAAAGUGAUUGGGAGGCUGGACGCUGUAAGCGUGAGCUUCCAAGUAACAAUAAUGAAGAGACCCCAGAAAUUGAUAUUCAAGAUCCUUAUACUUUGCCCAUGUGUGGCCAUACAACUAGUCAGUACACCUCAAGCAACAUUGGUUAUUAUGUUUUUGAAUACAGAGAAGAGGAAGAGGAUACUGGGGAGUCAUCAGGGCCAGUUGUUUCAUCCACAGAAGACUCAGACUCUGCUAUGAUAGGUGAGCGGCGGCACCACUAUCAUCCCCACCGCCAGUCCUCCUCAGUCUUGCUCCAGCGUACACUGGGCCGAGGACGGGCAAAUAUUGUGUCAUCUGAUUCGGAAUUUGAAACAGAAAACAGAAGACGCAGACGCCAUGCCCGCCACAAUCAUCGUUCUCACCGUCACGAAAGAGAGAAUGGUCGUCAUAAACUAGUUAACUCUCAUCGUUCAAGCCCUUGGUUAGCUCAGCUUCAUUCAGAAUACAUGGCUUUAGGCCUUCCAUCUCCCUGGUCUCCAAGCCGCAGCUGUGAUAUUAACCAGCAGGAUGCUUAUGGAAGGUCAGCAUUGCAUUAUGCUACAGAACAAGGCCACACAUAUAUUGUUCAUAUGCUCAUCAAGGCAGGAGUGCGUGUAGACACCCCAGAUGCUGAGCACAUGACAGCACUCCAUCUUGCAGUGCAGCGAGGUCUAGUGGAGGUCAUCACUCUGUUACUGGAGGGAGGAGCCAGGGUUAAUAACAAAAUGAACGACAAGAGUACUCCACUACACAUAGCAGCAUCAAGAGGCUACACUGACAUUGUGGAAUUGUUACUGUGUCAUGGAGCAAAAAUUGACUCCUUGGAUAGCUCUGAUCGCACUGCUCUCAUUGUGGCUGUCUCCCGAUCUAAUGUCAAGGUAGUACAGCUGCUGCUUGAGCGCGGUGCCAAGGUUAACAUAGAGGAAAUACAUGGAUACACUCCUUUAUGUGAAGCAGUGUGGCACAAAGAUGUAAAAUUAGUCCAGAUGCUCCUGGCUGCUGGUGCCAAGAUAACUCAGUCACACUAUCUUCUUCAUUAUGCAGUUCUUCACCGACAUUUUCAGCUGGCUGAGCUGUUGCUCAGCGCCCGCUGCAUUGUCAACCUGCGGGAUGAUAAUGGAGAUACUCCUCUUAUCAUUGCUGCACGCACCUGCCAGCCUCCCAUCAUCAAGUUGUUGCUCAAGAAUGGUGCCAACACCAACUACCCCAAUGGAUUGACUGGCACUACUCCCUUACAUGAGGCAGUAGAGGGCACAAGAGAUGCUCAGUUUGCUGAUUUCAGCACUGUAUUCUCUCUUCUCUACAGUCAUGGUGCUCACCUUGAUUUAGAAACUGUAACAGCUGGAGACACUCCACUGUAUAGAGCUUUGCUGCUUGAGAAAAAUAAAGCAGCUGCUCUUCUGAUAAGACAAGGUUGCAACGUCAAUCAUCAAACUCCCACUGCCACACCCGACUACCUGCACAUGGUAGCUCUACGCGGCAACUCAUCCCUGGCCACCCUGCUGCUACUAGCGGGGUUCAAGCUUUGGAGUGCAGACUGGCUCAAUGGUAUCUUCACUCCAGGCACUCUUAUGUCAAGAUUAGCAACAGUCAGGCUACAGCCUCUCACAUUAGCUGACCUGUGUAGGAUUCAUAUUCGUCAAUGGUUAGGUGAACGCCUUCGUGUCAGUCUUGAAGGUUCAUCACUGCCAACAAGAGUAGUUAGGUUUCUUAUGUUAGAAGGUGUAGAAGUUGAUCUCUGACACUAGCAGAAAGAUUUUUGAUGUUUGAUUCAAUAAAAAUUUUAUUAUUUCAAGAGAUGUAUUUUAGACUCAAUAAAAGUUUUACCUAAUAUAUACUGUUGUUGCCAUACACAAAAUCAGAGUUAAGGAACAUGCUAAAUAAAGAUCCAAAAUAGAAACAGAAGGAAUGGUGGCAACACAAAAAAGAAAAGACAAAAAUUUUUACUUCCUUAGCUGUAGCUUCCAAAUGUAAUAAAACACCAAACACACAAAACAGACAAAACAAUAUCAUGGAAGCAAAACACUAUUAGUUUGGUAUAUCAGCUUGUAUAAUUAUUGCACUGUCACAUUUCUGCUCAUAAAGAACUGCUUCAUAAAUUUGGUACAAAAGGCCACAUGCCUAUGAACACAAUAUUGAUCCUUAAUAUUAAAUUCAAAAUUUCUAGCAUGAUCUUGAUGUCACAUUUUCUGUAACUAUUCCAAUGAUAGAACCUUGGUAAUGUGUUCCUUCAAAUCAACAUACUAAAUCAACAUGCAUAGCAGCUCUGGCAUACUGGAUGUAGGAAACUUCUAUUAUAAGAAUAAGAGUAUGAUCAAUAAGUGUACACAAAUGAAAAGCAGAAAGGAGAUUGUUUUUAGUUGUAUAUGGCUCAAUGAAGUAUCCCUUUUUUAAACCUAAAAUGUAUUUUUCAUACUUGUUUCUUCUAUUUAGCAUUACAUGCUCCACAAUAUUAUCCAACUCGUCUUUCCCAUAUUUGUGUUUAAUUUCAUAAAAAAAAGUAAUAAAAAAUAACUUGGUCAGUACUGCUGUGGCCUGAGGAACCUUUACUAUUCCACGUACCCUCGAUCAUUAUUGACAACCAGUAUAAAGAGGGGACACUGGGAGGGUUUGUGUAUGUAAAGGCACAGUAAGAGACAAAGCCAUGAACGCCCCUCUGCUAUCUUUGGGUUCAGGGUAGUGUGUGUCGACACCUGAGAGUGGAUAAACAAAACAAUGCAGUUACCAAAUUACCCGUUUACUGCACUCACAACACAUCCAAUAGCAGUAACUGAGUAGUAACAGAACAGGACUUCCUGGGCGCAAUUAGUGUGCCAACCAUCCAGCAUCUCCCCGUUCAAAUCAUGGACAAUGUAUGAAUCUUACUACCAGAGAAAUGGAAGAGGGGCAAUGGACUGGUUAAAUGCUGUCAUGUCAGUAUUGACGGGACAAGUGCCUUCAACAGCGAGGGCUGAAUCAGUCUCUCCAGCCCAUUGGAGAGGGCUGAUGCCUUGAGAACAAUGGCAGGCUGGAGAGAGAAGGUGGUAUUGCCAUGAUGAGGCCUGGCCGUGUUCUGCUGAUGGGAAAGACAGAGCAGGCCAACCUUUGCUCGGAUUUGCCAGUGUGGGGAGAUGAAGUUUCACGGUAGGUGGUCUGAAGCGUUUUGUUGUCAGCCAGCCGACUCAGUUCAGUGAAUUGGACCAUAGUUACCAAAGCAGUGACUAUAAUUAAUUCCCUCACACAGCCCCCCAAACAAGCAUCUACUGGGAAGUAGAUGAAAAAAGGAAUUAAUUAAGAGGAUUGGCUAAGAAGAUCAGCACCUAAAUUGUCCUUGCUGGCUAUGUAUACUACCCUAUACCGAUAUGCUUGCAAACUUAGAGACCACCUCAAUCAGUAUCAGAAAAUCAGAGAAUUACUAGAAAAGGUAGAUGUAAGGAAGGCAAUGAGACUAGAUGGAGUGUCAGGAUGGACAAUGAGAAAAUAUAGAAAAUAACUGGUAGAACUAAUUUUGGAUGUAAUCAAUAACUCUUAUUCAAGGGAAGGUACCAAAGGAAUGGAAAAGAGUAAAUGUAGUCCUGAUAUAAAAAAAAAGGAGGUAAAAAGACUGAGUCCUAAAUUACAGACCAGUGUCACUAACUAGUGUGCGAAAGAUCUGUGAAAUUGUUAUUAAAGAAAAAUGGUUAGAAUAUGUGAAAGGAAAUGCAAUAGUUAAUAACUUCCAAUCUGAUUUCAUAAAAGGAAGAUUAUGCAUACCAAACUUGCUAAACUUUUAUACAAGAGAUGAAGUACAAGGGAGAGAUGGAUGGGUUGGCAUGCUGUAUUAAGGAGGAAAUUUGAUUCGUGAUGCAAUAUCAUUUUUUUGGCUCUCCUAUCUUUAUUUUUUCACCUAGUUGAAUAAUAUUUAUACACAAGGUGUAUUAAUAAGUAUUGUUUUUUAACUGUAAAUAUCAUACAGAUACCUCUGGUAGUUUUUGUGCAAAAAUAAUUUUUUUGGCUAUGAAAAAAGAUAUUCAAAAUAAUGCUGUAAAAUCAUAACUAAUAGUAUGGCAAUUUCCUCUUGAUCAGAGGUAAUAGACAUAUCGGCCAACAAAUGUAAGCCUUUGCAUACACAUAAACUAAGUUACAACAAUUUCAUCACAAUUUUUUUUAUUUGAUAUUUUAAAUUAAAAAAUCUGCUAUAAAUUUAAUUGAAGGAAUUUGAUCAUGACCAUGGUAACAUUUGUAAAGAUGAGGUUGAUGAUGAUCAUUCUGCUGCAUGAAUUUUUUAAAUCAGUCAAUUACUGAAAAAGUUAUUUAACAAUUUAUGCACAAAAAGAGAGUUUGGAAAAACAUUUUUCUGUGAACAUUUUCAAUAUUCCCAUAUAAACAACUCCAACAUGCAUCAAAACAAAUAUUUAUUCACAUAAUCCUUUGACAUCUUCUUGGAGGUUGGUAGUGGUUGUUUAGAUAGUUUGAAGCCAUUGAUAGCAUAUAAAAGAAACCUACACAAAGUGAGUUCUCCCUUGUAUUGUAGACUUCUAGCUCCUGGUCCUCUGUUUUUAUCAUAUUGUAUACAACAUAUAUACUGAUACAUAUGACAUAUUACUGAUAUAAUAUAUCCAUUAUGAAAAUAACAUAUUCUAUGGGUAAUACUAGAGCCCACCCACCUCAUUGUGGCCAGGUAGAACUUAUUUUGAAGUUAUUACUUGUUAUUUCAAAAGUAACUGUUUCCACACUCACACUUCAUAAAAUUGAUAAAUUUUUGUAGUUUUUCUAAUGAUAUCACUAUCAGAGAACCAUCAUUGCUCAUGGUAGGCCUGCCUCUCCUCUUGUGGUAAUAGGCUUUCUGUAGUUUGCUCCAGACACGUGUGCAUAUGGAGAAAAACAUAAAUCGAGACUGGAGGAAGACGACAUGUCUGUAUUUGUUCAUCAGGAUGUAUGUUGAGCUAUAUUUGUAAAUCAUUGUAGUGGUGUAGAGUCUGUAACUAGCUAGUUUGUGUGUGCAUUAAUUAUCUGUAUAAUGGUAUUUGGGAGAGAGCGUGUGAGUGAAGCACUAGUUUGUUAUUUGUAUGAGGUUGACAGUGUGGAGGAAGAAGGACCACUACAUCAGCCACAGCUCUGAUCGUCCUGCACCACCAACUGCCUACCUUGCCCUGCCACUGAUCCUGUUACCGUCACCAUUUCUCCAAGUCUGGCUCCUAUGUUUGCCCACAUACCCCUUGUUAUCAUAAAGUGGAAAACUAA